GAGGUGACUUGGGAGACACAUUUGCCCACGGCGCUCCGAUUGGUUUAUUGGUGACGUGAUGACACGGAGGAGUUGGGCUUAACACUUUAUAAAGCUGCUCUGUCCGCGGUGAGCCACUCUUUUAAAAAACCACUGUUGCAGAAACUUCUCCUUCUUACUGGAAGCAGCCGAGAAACCCUCAACACCGUGCAUCAUGAGCGAGAGACAAGGAUCUGGAGCAGCUGCUGGCAACAACAAGACGUCUGGAGCACAAGAUGCCUCCAAGACGGACGUCCCGGAGGACUUUGACAUUGACAUGGAGAACCCGGAGACCGAGAAGGCGGCCGUCGCCAUCCAGUCCCAGUUCAGGAAGUUCCAGAAGAAGAAGCGCGACGACAAGUCCUAGUGAGCGCCGCUCUGCCACCGCGUGGAGAUCGCAGGACGGUGUGACAUUUGCAUGUUAACAAAUUCAUACCUGUUGGAACUCCAGGGGUUGUGAUGGGGAUGGGAGGGGGAGAAUGCAAUAGCCUGUUUAACAUAUGACAUGUCUGUGAAUUUAUCAUUAUCCUAUUAUUAUUAUUAUUAUGAUUAAUUUAUUAUUCGACUGCUGUAUCAAUAAUUAGAAAGUAGAGAGAACAUUUCUGUCCUGUUCCAUGUAUCACAAAGUCUAGCUGGUGUUUGUGUUAGAAUAUGUUUUUGUACUUAACCCCGCCUCAAUGGUUAACAUCUCUUUGCUUACCCAGAAACACCUGUGUGUGUGUGUGUGUGUGUGUGUGUGUGUGUGUGUGUGUGUGUGUGUGUGUGUGUGUGUGUGUGUGUGUGUGUGUGCGUGCGUGUGUGCGUGUGCGUGUGGGUGGGUGUGCAUGUGGGUGUGUGUGUGUGUGUGUGUGUGUGUGAGAAGAUGGAGCAAAAGCUGGUGUUAAGAUGACGGUUGUUUUUAGUGGAGCUUCCCAUCCUUAGCAGAAUAUUUCACCCAGAGGCGUUUUUCUUACCCGCAUGGUUCUAUCAAGGUGUGUGUCAAUGUACAUUCA